CACACAUUCCUCUCAAAUAUCUCGUUUGGCUAUCUGAAGAAGAAAAUUAACUAUUGUUUUGUUUCAUAAUGGCAGAGGCAUUUCUUCAACUCCUUCUUGACAAUUUGAGCUCCCUUAUCAAGGAGGAGAUCGGACUGAUCUUGGGCGUCGAUGAUGAGAUGAAGAAGCUCUGCAGCACUCUCACCACCAUCCAAGCUGUGCUGGAGGAUGCCGAAGACAAGCAAAUUGAGAGCAAGCCAAUUCGAAACUGGCUGCAGAAGCUCACCGCUCUUGCUUAUGAGAUUGAUGACAUUUUGGAUGAGUGCAACACUCAUGUCUCCAGACUCAACCACUCUCGUUCAAAACUCAGCCGCUACAACCUCAAGAAAUUAUUGUAUCGCCACAAUAUAGCAAGGAGGAUGAAACAAGUCAACGAGAAAGUGGAGGCAGUUGUUGCGGAGCGUGCUAAGUUUCAUCUGCGCGAGAUGCCUAUUGAUAGGCCAAGAGAAGCUGCUCUUACCUCACGCGAGACGGCUUCCCUGUUGAACGAGUCUGAUAAGAUUCAUGGCAGGGAAAAAGAUAAAGACAAGAUUGUGAAGAUCUUGGUGAACGAUGUGAAGGAGAGACAGGAGAUGUCCGUGCUGCCCAUCAUCGGUGUUGGUGGCCUUGGGAAGACCACUAUUGCUCGACUAGUGUUCAACGAUCCACGGGUGGAAGAGCACUUCGAUGUAAGAAUUUGGGUUUGUGUCUCUGAUAAUUUUGAGAUGAAAACUUUGGUGAAGGCCAUGAUUGAAUCUGCCACUAGAGGGAGUGGAAAAGCUUCGGAUCUGCAACACUUGGAUGCUGCAGAGCGUCGCCUAUGUGAAUUAUUGAGCAAAAAGAGAUAUUUGAUUGUAAUGGAUGAUGUUUGGAAUGACCGCCAAGAUAAAUGGUUUGAGUUGAGGGACGUUUUAACAUGUGGCUCAACCGGCUCUUCUGUCGUAGUCACCACACGCCAAAGGAAGGUUGCUGAUAUAAUGACUACACUGCCAUGUCAUUGCCUUGAGGGGUUGUCGGAUGAGCAUUGUUGGGCGCUGAUGAGGCAACGUGCCUUCGGAGCAGGUGAAGAGGUGUCUCCACAGCUCGAAAUAAUUGGGAAACAGAUCGUGAAGAAAUGUGCUGGAGUUCCCCUGGCUGCGACAACGCUUGGAGGAAUCCUACGGUUUAAAAGGAAGGAAGAGGAAUGGGUAUAUGUGAGAGACAGUGAUAUAUGGAAGCUGUCUGCAGAAGAUAGUUUGAUAAUACCAGCUUUGAGACUGAGUUAUCAUCAUCUUCCGUUGGAGCUCAGACAAUGUUUUGCUUAUUUUGCAGCCUUUUCUAAAGACCGUUAUAUCAGUAAGGAUGAUCUGAUCCAUUUAUGGAUAGCUCAUGGCUACAUUUCAUCAAAGGGGAAUUUACAAGUGGAUGAUGUUGGGAGUGAAAUAUGUGAUGAGUUGCUCUUAAGAUCUCUUUUUCAAACACAUGUGGAAACCACAGACAUGAUUGGUGUGCAUGAUCUCGUUCAUGAUCUGGCAGAAUCAAUAAUACAGAACAAAGUUCCGGGAAUACAAAGUGAAAGAAAUCUCGCAAGUGCAUCAACUAUCCGCGAGGUAAAUAUGCUAGAAAAAACAUUCUUGUUUCCUAAAACAUGUCAGCAAGACAUGAGCAUUACUUCCAUUAUGGCACACAGAAGUUUAAGAGUAUUAAAUGCAACAAGAAUUAAAGAUUUGCCUCCUUCUAUCGGCAAUCUUAAACAUUUGCGAUUCUUGAAUUUGUCCAAUUCAGAAAUUCGCACUCUCCCUAACUCAUUAUGUACACUUUGGAAUUUGCAAAUUCUCAAUUUGGAUUACUGUUACAGUCUUGUGGCUUUACCUAAGAAGCUAACAUGCUUACGUAAGCUCCGACAUCUAUGUUUGUGGGAAUGUCAGUCAUUGUGCGAGAUGCCAUCUAAAAUGAGAGUGUUAAAUGGCCUGAAAACACUGAGUAGGUUCAUAGUCGGUCUCAAGAGAGAUAACCAACUUGAGGAAUUGGAAUGCUUAGACCUCUAUGGAACGCUUGAAAUUAGACAUUUGGAGAGAGUAAAGGACUACAUGGAUGCGAAGAAAGCAAAGAUUGCAGAGAAAAACAAUCUUCAGUGGUUAUAUUUGUCAUGGGAAAGGAAUUAUGUAUCCAAGAUAGAGGAGGAUAAUGAUGAAAAGGUGUUGGAAGCACUUGAACCUCACCCCAAUCUUCAAUGUCUUGAUAUACAAGGCUUCAGUGGUAGAUAUCUUCCACGUUGGAUGUCAAAGUCAACUCUGGGAAAAUUAGUUGUGUUAUGUUUAUGGGAUUGCAAAAAUUGUAAGCGUUUUCCAAAAUUGGGAGAGCUACCUCGUCUUCAAUCGCUAUCCUUACGUAAUGUGGGGGUGGAGUAUAUUAUUGAAGAAGAAGAAGUUGGGUGUGGACACCCUGUAAAGAUACAGUUCGUGGCUUUGAAACAACUGGUUUUAACUGAUCUCCCAGAUCUGAAGGGGCUCUCAAAAGAGCAAGGGAUUAAAGAUGCAUUCCUGAAUCUUGAAACGCUAAGUAUUAAGCAUUGUUCUUCAUUAAUAUUGCAUUCACUCUCAUCCCUCAAAAAGUUGGAGGAACUAACAUGCAGUAGCUCAACUUUGGCUUCACUAUCUGAGGAGGACAUUCCUAGAUUACUGUGCGUGGAAGUUGAAGAGAGCCUGGCAUGCUUCGCAAUGGAAACGCUGGCAAAGUCUAGUAAGCUCCGGUCAUUGGUAAUUAAGGAUGCAAAAGAGAUCUCCGUGACAAUAAAAGGUCUUGAAUCCUUAAAAGAGCUUACAGAAUUAUGUCUAAAUAGGUGUCGGACGAUGAGAUGUUUACCAGAAGGGAUGUUGAGGCACCUUACUGCUCUAGAGGUCCUAUCCAUAUAUGAGUUCCCACAAUUACUAGAGUUGCCACAGGAUAUUAAAUAUCUCCAUAAACUUAACCGGCUCUCAUUAUAUGCUCUUCCCAAGAUGACGCGCUUGCCUCAAGUCAUCGACCAACUCACUGAUCUAUGCCUUGAUGAUCUUCCUAUGCUGGAAUCACUUCCAGAUCAGCUACCAUCUCUUAUUAAACUCAGUAUUAUAUGCUGCCCAAAGGUUGUAACGAUUCCUGCUCUGCCAAAUCUGAAAAAGCUAAAAAUCACUGAAUGCCCGCAGCUGGAAUGGAGAUGUCAGAGAGGAAGUGGUGAGGAUUGGCACAAGAUUUCCCAUGUUCCCAACAUAUCUUUUUCUAGAAGAUAAUUGAACUAUUUUUGCCGGUUCAAGUUAAAGUGCAACAGUCAAUUUCAUUAAGGAUGCCUCCUUUUCAUUGGCCCUUCAAUUAAUGUUGGUGCAGUGGCAACGGGCAAAGCAAGUACAUGUUCGAGUGCACAGGUUCAAAUGCAAGUAUCUUAGAAUUUAUGGCAGAAUUUCUGUGUUGCUCAACUUUUUAAAAGUAUUUGGUGGCAAGAUUCUCAUUGUGUGUUUCUACUUGGAUUGAUUUCCUAUAUACAGGGCAUGGUGUUGCUAUGUUGGAGAAAUUCAAAACAAUCCAUGAUGCUGGAAUUUGAUGUGAUGGAUCUUUACUUCUAUGAAAAUGUAUUCUACCCAAAUCCAAGAGGAGCACGACACUGCACAAAGGGAAAAAACCACCGAAAGAUUUUUGUGGAGGUCCUGGGAAAGAAAGUGGGAAGGAGGGGAAUACAUUAUCUGCAUAAUAUGAAUGCCGAGCGUAUUCCCAAGGAUGUGCUAGCGAAUGGUCAGACUCGUGUUAUUGAGCCAUCCCUCACACUCAUCCGUGAGCCAGCGGCGGAUCCAGAAAUUUUAAUUCGGGGAUACGAUAUAUAAUUGUAGAGAUAUAGGGAUUUAAAGUUUAAAAUUGAUCAUUUUUCUUCUAUUUUACUGAUUUUAAA